AUGGUAUUCAGACACCGGAACGGUUCCAGAUUGUUUCGGGGCCACCAAAGCGAACUAAGCAUGGCGCACGACGAAGUUGAUCAUCGCGGAGUGCACACAACUCAGGAGGGAAAGAGUUUGGGCGUUUUCAUCUGCUGGCUUCUGGGCAACGGAUGCCUCUUCGGGUACAACAGCAUGCUCACCAUCGAAGAUUACUUCGUCCACCUCUUCCCAUGCUACCAUCCGGUUAGAGCUAUCACUCUGACCUAUCAGCCGUUUGUGCUCGUGGUAGUUUUGGUGUUUUCCUACCACGAGGCGAAUGUAAACACCAGGGUGCGCAACUUGGUGGGGUACUCACUCUUCUUCCUCGGCUUAGUCGCACUCAUCAUCCUGGAUCUUGCGACGUUGGGAAGAGGUGGAAUCACAACUUUCACCGGUGUGUGUACGAUUGUCGCGGUGUUCGGCGUCGCGGAAGGUCACGUCGAAGGUGCCAUGACCCGGGACCUAUGCUUGAUGUGCCCGGAGUUCAUGCAGUCAUUUUCUGUUGGCAUGGCUGCAUCAGGCGCAAUAACGUCGGCAAGGCUCGUUACGAAAGCAGCCUUUGAGAAAUCCAGAGACAACCUUCGCAGGGGUGCAAUGUUGUUCUUCGCUACAUCAUGCUUCUUCGAGAUGAUGUGUGUCGUGUUGUACGCCCACGUCUUCCCCAAGCGGCCAAUAGUGAAAUUCUACCAUGCAAAGGCGGCUUCCAAGGGAUCUCUGACGGUCGCCGCCGACCUUGCUGCCGCCAGCCCCCAAAGACACCCAAAACCAUCGGCGAAAGAUGACCCAGCCAUCCCUGAACGUUUGAGGAACAAGCACAUCCUUAUGCAGAACAUGGACUAUGCCUUGGACAUGUUCCUCAUCUACCUGCUGACGUUGUCCGUCUUCCUCGGAUUUCUCGCCGAAGAACUCGGAUCACACAUCUUGGGCUCCUGGUACGCGCUGGUGCUGAUCGCGACCUACAACGGCUCAGACCUGGUCGGGAGAUACGUGCAUCUGGUGGAGAUCAUCAAGGUGACAUCCCGGAGGGGGCGGAUGGCCACGGUGCUAGCCCGGUACCAGCUCCUCCCGGUGUUCUACUGUGUCGCCAGGUACAGAGGGGAGGCCUGGAUGGUCGCGCUUGCGUCGACUCUCGGACUCAGCAACGGGUACCUGAUACACGCGCUCAAUGUCUCGGAGAACAACCUUGCUGCCACACGCCUGCUGACGGCGGGGGAGAACAAUGAGAAGGGGAAGACCGAGCUUCGGGCUGGUUCCGACGUGCCGGAGGCUUCGAAGAGCUCCUUCUACCCCUUCUUUAUGAGCACCGUUGUCGCAGGCCUGGUUCCCCCCUUCUCCGACUUCUUCUAG